CACACACACUCUAGUGACUGCUGACAGUGACAGUUCUGGCACUGUUCAUUUUGAUCUUGUCAAGAGGACUUGGCAGUUCUAAUACCGCAGUGUCAUACAAAGGGAGAAUACUGUUUAUAAUUUACGAUCUCUACCUAUUGUACUAGUUCGACUUUACGUUUAUUGUUCCCUAGAAUAGGUUCUUCCUGAAGAUAGUGGAAAAAUUAUAGACUCCCCACCAUUGCCAGCAAAGAGGUCCCGCAGCCAAGCACAAUUUCCUGUAUUGAAAGGCAACAAAAUGCAUAUUCUCAGAUUGCUUGUUUAUAAAAGAGAGAGACGUUAUUUUCUUUUAAAGAAAUGAAUUUUUCUUCAUACUGGGAUCUAAACAUUCAUCUCUAGCUAUUUCCAACAAGAGUUGAGAUUAAAAAUCCCCAGUGCUAAUACAGAUGAAGCCUCGAAAAACUCUGGAACCGUUGUCCGAAAGGACAAACACCAAGAGAGACAACUACGCUGACAUUAUUAAGCCGACAAGAGCCAUAUCUCCAGCGUUCAGGCCUGGUCCGCGCCAAAAACGCCGCGAUUCAAACGCCGAUGAGGUGAUACGAUUUGUGCGAGAGUUCCAGCGUCAUGACAUUACCUACCAGAGUCCAGCGGAACUCAAAAAGAGGUCAGUUCUGCCAGCCAUUGGCAUUCACGGCAGCGGUGACGUCUGCGAAAAAAACGAGUCGGUAAGGGCGGCAGAAGACAAGUUCGAUGACUCCGCCAGAUCUUCGAAUUUGCCCGAAACAUUUGCAGGCCAUAAGUUUGUUUUAACUGUUGAUGCCGAAAAGAACUCCGGUGACGAAAAUAGCAGACCUCACUAUAAUGAUGCAUCAGCUUUUCACUUAAAAAUACCUCAGAGUUAUAAGACGGAUUUAGAUCUAGAUGUAGAGGACACUGAAUCAUCAAGCCGUAACUUAAUCUCCAGUGAUAACGAAAUACAUUUUUCUCCAACAAGAUCCGACAUCAUAGUAUCCAACAUUUGUGACAUAAGGCAAAAACAUUCGCCUAUGAGCAGUGGCUCUAGUGAAGCUUCCAAAGUGGCGCAACUCAUGCAACCUCGCCCAUUUCGACAGUUGCCUCCCAUUUCUCGAAACACAUUUCAAGAGAAGCCUUUGGCAAGUUUGCCGUCUUCCCCUGGGUCAUCGAUAGAUGAAGAAGAAAACUAUCCUUAAUAAUGGCAUGUUGAAUGAAGACAAUCCAACAACAAAAAAUGUGUGCCCUACUAACUACAAGUGCACGCUUUUGUAUGCGGCUUUUACAAUUCAUUUGGAGUUAUUCUAAAAGCUUUAAGCCCCAAUACCCUAUUUUAUUAUCAACUCUUUGAAUAGUCUUUUCGUAAGAUUUAAUUGGACUUAGUAUAGGAAUAAACAUGUCAAUAUGUAACUCAACUUUGUACUUCAUCACUGGUUUGUAAUUCAUACAUGAAAUAAAAUAGAUUCAUUUAUUAAAAUAGUGUUGACUCUUUUUUUACCGACAACUUUAACGCUGUCAUUUAGUUUUCAAUACAUUACUACAUUCACCAUCGAAAUAAGUUUAUCUUUGUUAGCAAUAAGUUUAUCUUUGUUAGUUAGCAAUAAGUUUAUCUUUGUUAGCAAUAAGUUUAUCUUUGUUAGCAAUAAGUUUAUCUUUGUUAGCUAUAAGUUUAUCUUUGUUAGCAAUAAGUUUAUCUUUGUUAGCAAUAAGUUUUUGAAAGGCUUGACGGAAUAAAAAAUGUUUCUUUUGUUCGAAAAAAAAAGUUGGAGCCUCCGCUCCUGCGUUGCCCCAGAGUCUCCAUACCUCUAAACCGGUUCUGGUAGAGACUCUAUGACCUAUGAUAUUGCUCUUCACUAUGAAAUUUUUAGCGAUUGUAAAUUAAAUAAAAAAGUAAAAUAAUAUUAGUGAAAGAAGGAAUUUUGUAACAAAAAUAAAUCAACAACAAAAAUGUAACAAGUUAAGCCAUGGAAACUUAACCUUUUGUAAUAUAAA